UUAGUUAUUUGGGACAACAAUAAAGAGGUUCGGUAGGAGAAGUUUCCCUUCCAUGAUCCGCGGUGGUGUCUCUGACGCUCACGCCCAUCACUUUCUUCGUUUUUCUAACCGGUGAGCCUCGUCGGACGGCGAUCGGAAUUCUUCGCCGCCUAUCGGUUCCGCAUCGCAGUCCCAUGGUGACGUUGGCGAUUGUAGCGGUUGGAAAUUAAAAACGGGAACGUUUUGAGAUUUGGCUUUUGCAUUGAAGAGAGAGAGAGGAGAACAAAAUGAAUGAGAUUGGGAAUGGAGGAUUGAGCAACGUGGAGAUGGAGCACAUUAGACGACACCACAGGCACGAGCCUGGUGAGAAUCAGUGUGGCUCUGCGCUUGUUAAACAUAUAAGAGCACCGGUUCCUCAGGUAUGGUCCUUGGUCAGGAGGUUUGAUCAACCACAGAAGUACAAGCCAUUUGUGAGUAGAUGUGUUGUAAGGGGAGACCUUGAGAUUGGGAGUCUGAGAGAAGUCGAUGUUAAAUCAGGGCUUCCAGCCACUACUAGUACAGAAAGAUUGGAACUCCUCGAUGACAAUGAGCAUAUUCUCAGCAUCAGGAUUAUUGGUGGUGAUCAUAGACUGAGGAACUACUCCUCUAUCAUGUCUCUACACCCAGAAAUCAUUGAUGGAAGGCCAGGUACACUGGUAAUUGAAUCUUUUGUGGUGGAUAUACCCGAGGGCAACACGAAAGAUGAGACCUGCUACUUCGUGGAGGCCUUAAUAAAAUGCAAUCUCAAAUCACUUGCUGAUGUCUCAGAAGGGCUUGCUGUGCAAGAUCGCACUGAACCAAUUGAUCGGAUGUAGGAGAUUAUGUUCAGAAGUUGCUGAGAACUUGACUGCCAUGGAUGAAGCUUCAGCGGCUCUCCUAUCUCGGAGGCUUAGGAGACUGACUGGCAAAUAUGCUGUUUCCAUUAGUAUAGAGUAGCAGUGUCUUUCAUUUAUUUGCUCUAUUGAUUAUCCUUUUCGUAUAUGCUGUUUACUUUUAUUAGGAGUAAAGAACAAUACUUUGAGACAAGUGACUAAAUCCAGUACUGUAACAGGUGAAGGACCAGGUGCUUCGAUGUUCGUGUUGUUUUCGUUUUCGUAUGUUCUUUUUUGUACAUAGGUGGUGGCGAAACUUUGCCUAAAAUUAUUUUGAUUGGUCAGCUGUAGUUUCUAAUUGCAGUAAAAAUUAAACAUCUAGCGAAUAUUACAUAAUUCCGGAGUUCCAAUUGCUUUGGUUUUU